AUGGACGGCAUGGACUAUGACCCGAUGGCUAUGGAUGGGGACUCCGAGCAGCCCCAGGUGAAGAUUUCAGCGGCGGACAAGACACACGUGGAUUUCGAAUUAUCGAGAACCAACCUUUCUUUUGCCAACUCAUUGCGAAGAGUGAUCCAAGCCGAAGUACCGACAAUCGCUAUCGACCUGGUGGAAAUUGAAGUGAAUACCUCAGUCCUCGCCGAUGAGUUCAUCGCACAUCGCCUCGGCUUGAUUCCUCUCGACUCCAGGAACGUGGGCGACCUCAACUACUCCAGAGACUGCGACUGUGAGCAGUACUGCGAACAGUGCAGUGUCACCUUGAACCUCCAUGCUAAAUGCACAUCCGACGAUAUCAUGAAGGUGUACGCAAGUGAUUUGGUGACUGAUGGCCAGCACGCGAACUCGGUUGGCAAACCUAUUAUCAACGACCCCGAGGGUCUGGGAUGUCUCCUAGCCAAGUUACGAAUGGGACAGGAGCUGAGGCUCACGUGUAUCGCAAAGAAGGGUAUUGCAAAAGAACAUGCCAAGUGGAUGCCGACCUCGGCAGUGGGCUUCGAAUACGAUCCUCACAACAAGCUCAACCACACGGAUCUCUGGUUCGAGAACGACACAGACCCGAACAAGGAAUGGCCCAAGAGCAAACAUGCUGAAUGGGAGGACCCCCCACAGGAGGGUGAACCCUUUGACUAUGACGCAGUCCCAACACGAUUCUACUUCGAGGUCGAGGCAGCGGGGAAUAUGGAACCCGACCAGAUCAUCCAAAACGGAAUUCGGAUUCUCCAGCAAAAGAUUGGAGGUCUACUAAAGGGGCUCGAUCCCCGUAAGUAUGGUGGAGAGGAGGAGCCAGACUUUGACGGUCCCCGAAGCCCAGAUAUGAACUUGGACGGGAGCACGACACCCUGGCAGGAUACCGGAUACCAGACGGCAUAUGGUGGUGGCUACGGCGGCGGCCAGACAUCAUACGGUGGCAGCCAAACAUCGUAUGGUCAAGGCAGCCAGUCAUCGUUUGGGCAAGAUGGUCAGGGCUCGUAUGGCCAGGGCAGCGGCGGUUCAUAUGGUAAUAUGACGGCAUACGGGACGACCCCCUAUGGACAAUCAUCUUGGCAAUAA